UAUAAAAAUGCAAGGAUUAAAGGUCAUUUAGAUGUAAUUAUCUCAAGACAAUGUACUCUUGAUGCAAAAUCUCUAAAGCUAUUUGCACUCUAUAGAUUUCAUUCGAUCCGCGCGUAUGAAAUUAAUUAAUUUCUUUUGUUUCAUUUUUAAAUCAAAAAAUAAUAUGGUACAAUUGGUAUUUAAAUUUUUUCUUCUACAUUUUUUUUAUUAUUCUAUUUUACAUGCUGAACCUAUUGUUAAAAUAGAACAAGGCAUUCUUAGUGGUACAAUAUUUGAAACAAAAAAUAAUAGACAAAUUUCUGCUUUUCUUGGAAUUCCUUACGCUCAGCCUCCAAUUGAUAAUCUCAGAUUUAAAAAUCCAUUGCCAGGGGUAAAAUGGGAAGGAAUUCGUUUGGCUAAUCAGGAAGGAAAUUCUUGUGCACAAGUUUAUUUCGAUAAUAAUAUAUAUGGCGAAGAAGAUUGUUUAUAUUUAAAUGUAUACACGCCAUUAUUGGAUUUUAAAAAUGUGAACGAAAAUAAAUUAUUGCCAGUUAUGGUGUGGGUACAUGGUGGUGGAUUUUUUUUUGGCAACAGUAGUCCAAAUGUAUAUGGUCCAAAAUAUCUUCUCGAUAAAAAUAUUAUACUUGUUUCAAUGAAUUAUCGUUUGGGAAUUUUUGGAUUUUUCACAACUGGCGAUUCUGUAGCGCCGGGAAAUUUUGGCCUCAAAGAUCAAGUUUUGGCCUUGAAAUGGAUAAAAAAAAAUAUCAAAAAUUUUGGCGGUAAUCCAAAUCGAAUUACAUUAUUUGGAGAAAGUGCAGGAGGUGCUUCUGUUAAUUUACAUGCACUAUCGAACGCAACUAAUGGACUUUUUCAUCAAUAUAUAAUUCAGAGUGGAAGUGCCCUGAGUCCUUGGGUUUAUCGCAGUAAAGCGGAAUAUAAACCAUUGAUAAAUAUAAUUGGAAAAAAAAUUGGUUGUCCUGAUACAAAUUCUCAACCACUUGUCGAUUGUUUAAGAAACAAAAGUAUUGAUACAUUAUUGAGGGCAAAAAAUGCACGUAUUGAAAAUUUUCCCAUACUAAUUUGGCUACCAACAGAUGAAUCAGAAUCAGAAGAUGCUUAUUUAACUGAUAGUCCUAAAAAUUUAAUGGCAAAAAAUCAAAUGAAAGAUCAUCCUUUUAUGAGCGGAACUGUCGUUAACGAAGGACUACUUGUAACGUUACCAAUGUACGCAAAUAAAACGCCAAUUGAACGAAUUCAAUAUCUUUUGGAAAGAUGUGUUAAUUCAACAUCGAAUCAUUAUUUGAAAUCAGAAGAUGUUAAAGAAUUUAGAAAUGCUAUUGAAAAUUUUUAUUUUAACACAUCAAUUAAUUCUGUACCUGAAGAUAAACUUGUGGAAAAUUAUACAAAUUUUGUGAGCGAUAGCGGAUUUUUAUAUCCACAAUCAUCAAUGAUGGAGAAAAUGUUAAAAGUAACAAAAAAACCAUUUUACUUUUAUUCAUUUGGUUAUUAUAGUUUAAAUAUGAAUAAAAUUUUUGAUCUUUUUGAUAUUAAAAAAAAUGUCGGUGUUCCACACGCUGAAGAACUUGGAUUUUUAUUCUCAACAAAUGAAACAAAUACAAUAAAUGAUAAUGAUGAAAAAAUUCUUAAUUUAAUGAUUGACUUUUGGACAUCAUUUGCCAUCGAUGGAAAACCAACUUCAAAUCUAUUAGAAAAUCCAAAUCUCUGGCAACCAUAUGUGGAAAAUAAUAGUUUCCUUCAAAUUGGAAAUAUUUCAAAUAAUACUGAUCCAACAGUCACUAUGGAUGAUAAUUAUUUUUCUCAUCGUUUAGAUUUUUGGCGAAAAGAAUUUCCAAUACUUUUGAGAUUUGUUUAAUUUAAAUUAAUAUUAAUUAGCCAUUUUUAAAUUAAUUUAAAAGACUAAAUGCACGUAUUGAAUUAAUUAACGUAUUUAAUUAAUUUAAAAAACUAAAAUUAAUUUAAAAUUAAUUUAUGAGAUUGAAAUUAGUGUAUUUUUGAAUGUAAAGUAAAUAAGUAAAAAGAAAGAUAAUUUCAAAAAUAAAAAAUUCAAAA